ACUGCAGCCACUACAGCGGACAUGCCUUACAACCGAGUAGCCAUGAUAAGCGGGUGGAGGAGCUUGAUCUCGCGGCAUUGUUUAGCCUGUCCAGUCGGGAAUGCAGAAGACAUGUCGAUACCUGCACAAGUGUCGAACGAACGGAUACUUCAAAAAAGAGCUUGCAUAAUUCAUAUACGAGAUACGCUACACUGCAGGGUCAACGAAUCAAAGCGUGAUGAGCGCGAUGCAGAGCGACGUGACGCAACCUGCAAGAGCAGCAUCAGCAGCCGACAUAGACGACGAGAGCAAAACCCUGCCAUCUCGUCAGAAGUCCAGCACAAAUCGUUUGAGCGCUUUGAUCCGAGGACCGGCUCCGAAACGUCACAGAAAGGUUCUUUCUGAAGGUGUGUUGCUGGCUACGACCCCUCGAGACCCAAGGGAAGAAGUGACUCCACGGAGAACUCGCUCAGCUGUCCUCCACUCGCCACCAGAUGUCGCAGAAAAUGGAAAUACGACACGGGAAGAGAGAGAGGAAGCUACACGUAGAGUAUCUCAUCAGAGAGCAGAAGACUUGCCUCUCGGCGGCCUUGUUGUUGAUGAGGAUCGCUUGGGCGAUCAACUUCGAAUAGCCUUGAUCCGCGAGCCAUCCACCGAGCGAAAAUUCCUGCCAAAGGGCAAAUUAGACACGCUUGUUACGCCAGAAUCAGUCGAACGUGAACUAUCAAGGGUGGUAUAUCUUCCAACCAGAUACUUGCGGCGCAAUCGGCGAUUAGCUAUCGAUAUCAGGAUCGACUUGCCCGCAGAGGAUGAGGGCGCGCAACAUGGCCAGGCGAGUCCGACCAGCCCUGUCGCCACGGCCCAACCUGACAAGCCUUCUUAUCAACGGAUUUUCGCAAUCCUGCUGCUGAUGCGUCGACCACGCAAAAUAUGGUCUUUCGUGAGAGAACGAGUCUGCGAUGCCGACUUGCCUCUUGUUCUUCAACUUCAAGAUGAUGUCUUCAGACUGCGGCGCUGCGGUGAAGCGCAACCAGUACUAAAGUGCCUGAAGAGAUCAUAUGAUGUGAGUCAAUUUCUGCUAUACCAGUGGUGGGUUCUCGCACCUUUCUUCCGUAGGCCAGACGGUAGCAUAGAAUCGCACUGCAAAGUCUCUGAAAACCACAUCUUACCAUUCACAAAAUGGGACAAUACUGGUCGCAAAGGUGGGUCUGGGCAAGUACACAAAGCUGAAGUUCAUCACGAUCAUCACGCAUUUGACAACAAAGAAGUUCUUAACAAUAUCGUUGCAGUAAAAAAGAUCUUCAUCAGCAGCCGAGGUCGUGACGCCUUCCAUGAAUUAAAAGUACUACAGAAUCUGGGCAAGCAUGAACAUGCGCCUCGCCAUCUAGUGAAGUUACUCGCGACCUACGAGCAACACAACCACCUUUGCCUCAUUCUUCCUUGGGCUGAGAUGGACCUCGCUGAGUAUUGGGGAACAAAAAAUCCUCGAACUUGUCAUGAUGAAGCAGCACUGUCUACCUGGUUGAAGGAACAGUGUCACGGUCUAGCUGAGGCGGUCUCCUACAUACAUCGAUACAACACAUUUUCGGGUUCAACUAUGCUUCGCAACAUCACAUUCGCAGUACCGGCGGCCGGAGCUGGGCGGUAUCGCUCACAAUCCAUUGGAUCGAUCAGGCAGCGAAGAGUUCUCUUUGGCCGGCACGGAGAUAUCAAGCCCAAGAACAUCCUUUGGUUUCCCCAUACGUCUUCCGUUGAAACAUCGACUCCGGGACUCGGUAUUCUGAAGCUCUCAGAUUUUGGGACCGCGCAUUUCAGUGACAAGGAAUUUAUUUCGACGCAAGAUAGGAACACCGUUCCAUAUUCAAGAUCGUAUCAAUCACCCGAAUGUCGACUCCCGAACGGUGAGCUCAGCGCCCAAUGCGAUGUCUGGGCCCUUGGAUGUGUGUUCUUGGAGUUUGUGUGCUGGUACUUUGGAGGGCAUGAGCUUCUUCAGGACUUCGAGCGCCAACGUGAUACUGUUCAUGGGGGUUCCUGCUUCUUUGUGAUCAAUCAUGAGGGUUCCGCAGAGCUCAAUCCGCCGGUAGUCGAGAUGAUUGAGAAGCUACGGAAAGAUAGUGCACGGAACGACGAGUUGCUACAUGUUCUAACUGUUGCAAAGGACGACAUGCUUGUGAUCCUCAAUGAUACCGGUGACACUGGGCACAAGACAGUGGGCGCUGGGACUCCUACCUCUCCAGACCAUCUCAAAGUAGCAGAGAAGGGCAAACAUGGGCGGCGGCGGAGUGUGGGCAAUAUCGCUCGUGAAUUGGGCUCAACAUCGCCCUCUUCGCAAGAGUGAUCUAGCGCAAUCGUCUUUUGAAGUUGCUGCAGUUUGGGAGUUCAAUGGCUUCGAUCCGCGCCAGCGUUUGGUAGCUGAGAAAGGUGGUCGGUAAGUCCAAGCGACGCAGCAGUGCCUCGUCUUUCAAAGGUUAACGGUGAUUGCUUUUGCAUAGUGUUGUCGCGCCAAGUCUGGUGUCUACAGACCUGUUACUUAAUGCGCUUUUAAUAUAGAUACCAUGCAUGUUUUGUAAGAAGUCCAGCAGUCGAGCUAUCGCAUAGCUAGUGAUCGGGCUCAUGGAGUGCAGGAGGGCCAGGCGGGGCAAUUCCCGCGAGAUCGCGCUGCCGCGUAACUAGCACCUAGCCCCCCCCCCCGGAUGAACCU